AUGGAUGAAAAAUGGAUUUUGAAGAAGUUAAAAUCAAGGGAGAUAAUUGAUUUUGUAGUUCAUUUGCAGGAAUUGUUCCAAAAUGGAAGGAUAAUUAACAAACAACAAGUAAUCUUUGCAGUUCAGUUUUUACAUGGUAUAAAGGAUAUAGUAUUUGAUGGUAUUGUUAAUGAUGAUGUUAUAUUAUCUACUGUAUUGUGUUGUCAGUUUUAUAGAGAAAAUAUACAUGUAGCUAGUGAUGUGAUUAAAGAAUUAUCAGUUCAACAACUUCUUUAUCAUAUUUUUGCUAAAAUUCCAUGGAAGAGCCAUGUUCAGAGAUUAUUUGAAAUAGGAGAAGAAAUGUACUAUUUAUUACAAAUAGUUACUGAUAGAAUCAAGGAAAUCUCUCCAAUAAUACAGAAUACUUAUGGUUUAUUAUGGAAAAUAGCAGGAGAUCUAGAAAAAACUACCGACUUCACAGAUUUUUCUUUUUCUAUGAAAUUGAGAGUUCUAGCUUUAAAGAUACAUCUUUUAAAACCAAAUAUCAUAGUGGAUAUGAUGAACAAAUUGUCCCUAUCAAUUGAACGCUACAGUUCUCUUAUGAAGGCUAAACAAAUGUGUUCUGUGAAAAAACAAAGGGAAAUUCAGAGUACAUUGGAAUUUUUAUUAGAAUUUUAUACUUUUGUGAGUUUGCAUGUAGACUGUACUCAAUGUUCAUGUGAGACCUUGAAAGUACAGAGUCAAAUUCUAAAAUUAUUUGUAAGAUUUGACUUAUUCCAAGAAUGUGAUAGUUAUUUAAGUCAGUGUCAAGUAGAAUUUAAGGACAUGUUGUGUAUUAUUUAUUAUUUAUCCAUACCUUACAACCAUACUAAUUUUGAUGUGGUCAAAUUAGGUGAAGUAUUAGACACCUCCCUACAGCUAGACUUAAAUAAAACAGAACAUUUAGAAAUAUGGACAGAUUUGUUUGCAUUUUGUCAAACACAAAUGAGAAUAACUAAAUUUGUGGAUGCCAAUUUACCUACUGACUUAUUGCGUAAGUUAGUGACUUUUUAUGAUAGAGUGAAAGAAUUAGUAUUACAUGAAUUUAAACAUAUUAACCAACAGUCAAAGACUAAAACAGAUCCAAGAAUUGUUCAAACAGAAAAGAUAUUAAUAGAAAUAGUUAAGUGUCAGAUGUCUUUUUAUCAGAAAGUAUUAGUUCUUUGCGAAGGUGAUGAUAGAAGAGAAAUUAUUGAGAAAGUAAAGCUUACUUGUCAGGGUGACAUCUUACUCUCCAAAUCAUUAUCAGAUAAAUCACUAUCAUCAUUCCAGAAGACCUAUGGUAUUAUACUGGAAAAGUUAGGUUUAUUAUGUUAUAAUGAACAAUUAGAACAGUAUGACAUAUAUUUUACUGAGUUAAGUUCUCAAUUAUUAUUAGCUUACUCUACUGAUGUUAAUAAAGUCAUACAAUCUAGAGCAGAAGAGAUACAUUUAUGGCAGGUAUUUGAGAAUUUAAGUGAAUAUUAUAGAAAAUAUAAUGAAUGGAAGAAAGCUAUAGAGAAUAUUAUAAAAGGAUUAUGUGUAGUUGAUAGUAAACAUAUGGUAUCAUUAGUUAAACGUUGGUUACAAAUUAAACUAGCAGCUAUUGACUCUGGUCAACUAAAAUAUUAUACACUUGAUAUAAGAUGUAUAAGUGUAGAUCCAUUCAAGAUAAAAGAUGAUAUUAUGGUAACUGUACUGAAACAUGAGUUACAAUUACUACAAAAAAAGAAAUGUAGUAUGGUAGAAUAUUAUGUUUUAAAGAAAUUAGUGGAAGUCUCUACAAGUAACUGUGAUAAAGCUUUCUAUCUCAUAUUACUAGCAAAUACAACAUGGCCCUCGGACAUCACAUGUAAAAGAUCAAGUGAAAAAUAUUUAGAAGAAGCUCUAAGUUUAUUUACUGACAUUAAGAGAUAUAGUGGUAUAGACAAAAUUAUAUUGGGUCAGAUAUAUCUAUGGAAAUAUAUACAACUUCAUGAAACCACUUGUCAAAAGUUUUUAUUAGGGAAGAGUGAACCAGUUGUUAUUGAUAAUGAUGAUGCUGAUGAUGAAAAUGAUGAUGAUAAUAAAACCAGACAGUUAUAUAGUUUAAGUGAUGAAGAAGAAAUGAUUAAGUUAUUAGAGAGAUCAGUAAAGUUAUGGUUAGAGGCCUACCAUACACCACUAUCAGAUACUAUACAGAAACACUCUUUUAUAGAAUCACUCAAAUUAACAGCUGCUAUCUACAGAGCUCUGAAAAAGCCAUGUAAAGAGAGUAUUUUGUAUUCUAGCCAUGUAAAGACAAAAAAUAGUAAUAUUUUGUAUUCUAGCUAUGUAAAGAAGCCUUGUGAAGAAUGUAAUGUAUUACUAAUGUUGAAAUCAGUGGUAAAAGGUGAUGAUAUAGCUGUAUUUCAAGCCAAUAUGGAUACAGUAGAAUUAUUAACAUCAUUAGGUCUAUGUGAUACAUCAUUACAUAUAUUAUCAUCAAUACCAUUACCAACCAGUAAAAAUGAUCAAAUACUGUAUAAAAUUCGUCAGAUUGAAGCCAGUUUAUCCAUCAUACAAAAACAGAGUGAAGAAAUGCUAUUGGAGUUAGAAAACAACUUAUCCUCUCAAAAAGAGACCACUGCUUGUUUUCUUCGUGGUACAACUAACAGAUUAUUAUCAACACUAUCAGGUUUUAGUCUAGGUGAUAAUUCUACAGAUCUACAUUAUGCGUUAGAUCAUGGUCAUGAUGCUGUUAGACUUCAUACUAGUGUUAACCAUUUCUUCUUAGAAAAGAAGUCAAAAGCAGGUAGUCCACACCAGAAAUGGAGUAUUAUAAUAGAAGUAUUAGAAUCAUUAUUAAACCUGGUAAAACUCUAUAGAUAUAUUGGUGAUGAUUCUAUGGCUAAGUGUUAUGCUAGAGAAGGUAUUAAAACAGCUCAUAGCCUACUCUUACCACGCUGGUGUCUGUUGUUUAAGUUUGAACUUUGUAGAAUUUACAGUAUAACUUGUUGUUUAAAGGAAGCACAAGAUGUUUUAACAGACAUAGCUUCCAUUCUUUAUUCCAAUAAGGCUGAAAAACCUGGCUUAACCAAACUUGUGUCUUAUAACACCAACACAAAGAAUAUACCACUCAAAGAUAUGGCUGAAUAUCUUCAACGUAAGAGAAGUUUUGCUGAUGAUUGUUUUGGAUUUGAAAGUAUCAGAGAUGCGGGUAUUGAUAGAUUUAGUGUAAGUGAUGUCUCAACUGACCCAUUAUGUGAUGAUAUACCAGACAUUAACUUACCAGACCAUGAUUCUAGUUGUAAGUGCAUCGCUUGUAAAGACAACUCUUUACUGGAUUUAACCAGUAAAUACUGGUUUGUGUUGGCUGAAACUUGUUUUCACAAUAAAUUUUAUCAACAUGCAGAAACAUUUUUAAGGAAGAUCCUCCAAAGGUCAUCUGAGAUACGUCCUAAACUUUUUGAAAAUCUGUUGACUAUUGAGAAGAGAUUGUGUGAAUCAAAUCAAAUGAUGGACAAAGUUCCAAAUGUAUUUAAUGAUAUUCUUUAUGAAAGUUAUUGUUUAUUAAGUGAAUGUUCUGUUUAUUUAAACUCUACUCAUGAAACUCAAGAAAUCUGUCAAAAAGCUUUGGAUAUAUUAGAUUCUGAUGUAAGAUGUAGUGUAGAACAGAAUUUACUCAGAGCUAGAGUUAAUAUGUGUUUAGUUCAGUUACAAAUGAGUGAUCUGAACUUAUUAUCAUUGCAAGAACCAGCACAAUUUGGAAAACUUUUUAAUUCAUCUGAAAACCAUGAUGUGAUCCAAAAUUUGACCUCAAAGUUAGAAAAAUGUCAACUGAACAGCAUUUGUGAAUCCGAUCUAAUGCUGAAGUCAAGAAAACAACCAGUGCGUAAAAUCCAAUUUGAUUCUCCAGAUCAACAAGAUAAGAGUAGAUUAGAUAGCUCACUGCUAAUACCCAUGGAAGAUUCACCUCAUCUUGCUGAUCAUGAAGAUUCAGAUAUAAUACCUCAAAGUCCAAAGAAGAUCUGUAAAGUUUUGUUUGAUACUAAAACUCCUUUAAAAUCUACUACCAAAAAAUCUGCUUUGACAAAGAGAAAAGUUGUUGAAGAAGAUGAUGUUUUUAUUGUAGAAGAUGAAGAUGUUCCUCCAAAACCAAAGGACAAUCUCUCUGCUAAAACACUCUGUGGAACACCCUCAGAAUUAUGUGUGAAACCUAAGAGAUCAGUGAGAAGCAGAAAGCCAAAAACUCAAAAUGAUUAUAUCUGUGAAUUAAAAGGCAAAUCUAGACAUAAACUUGGUUCUAUAAAAACACCAUUAAAAAUAGUAACUAGCUCAGAAGAUGAAAAUGAUACAGAAGUGAAAGAAAAUUGUGAACCAUUAAAUAAGCUUACUAAGACUAAAUGUCAUAUUUCCAGAAAGAUAAAUUCUACCGCUACACCAGGUAUGGCUAAAUUAAAACUUGACGAAGUUGAAACCAGUGUAAAGAAAAGACAAAGCAAAAGAUCUACAAAAAAGACUGUUGUUGAAAUUGGUAACAAUGAAGAAAAUACUGUGGUAAAACCAAUUAAACCGAGCCGUAGUACCAGAAAGAACAAACUAGAAACCCCUCGUAAUCCGACCAAGGUGAGGUCAGGCAGUUCAACCACUCAGGCAGUUGAUGUGUGUUCUCCAAUUGUCAAAGAUGUUUUUAAUUUUGAUGAAGAAGAAUCACCAGUUAAACCUAAACGUAGCACUCGUAAGAAAGAUAUUAAACUUGGUAAAAAGACUAAAUCUCAAGAAAUAGAAACUGAAAGAUGUAAGGAGGAUACCCCAGAAAAACAAUUUAGUAUAGAUUUUGAGACUAUUCAUGAAGUAUCACUGGAUUCGUCACUCCUGGAAGGUGAAGAGGAUUAUGAUAUUGAGAUAUUGAGAGGUAAAACUAGAAGUAGAAUUAAAGAUAAAGGUACACAGUUAGUAGAAAUAUUGAGGUCUGGAGUAGAGGAUGAUGUAAAAAGACAACAGUCGGUGACAAACCCAGAUAAUAAUGAAGAGAUUAUAAAGAAAUUAGAAAUGUCAUACCAACAAGUUUGUCAUUUUCCUUCCAAUCCUUAUUAUCCAGUUAUCUGUAAACUAUUAGCUUUACAAUAUAGAACUCUUUCACCUUAUAAAACAGCAUUUUAUCUGACAGAAUCAGCUGCUGUCACUUUUAGACAUCAGACUUUAAUUGAUAUUGGCAAGAAAAUAAGAAAUAUAAAGAAAGGUAAAGAAGAUAAUAUGACGAAUAGUGAUCAGAAAUUACAAGUUUAUGAUAAUGUACGACAAUCAUUGAUAUUUAAUAAAGAAGAAAAUCAUAUGAUAGACAUGUUAAAUCUUCUACCCUCGGAAUGGACUGUAUGUCAAAUAUCAAUGGUGGAAAUAGCUGGUAAAUCAAGUCAGUUAUUACUAACUAGAUUAACUAAAGACACCAGACCAAUAACAGUUCCUUUACCAGCCUUUAGUACACAACAGGGAAGAAAUUUACUAGAAGAAUUUUCAUUUAUACUUGAAACUAGUGGUGAAACAGUUAAAACUGAUGAUAAACAUGAAUUCUGGAGAAAUCGUCGAAUAUUGGAUGAAAAAAUGCAGUUGUUUCAAGAAGAUAUGGAGAAGUUAUGGUUGGGAUCAUUAAAAGUUUUAUUAUUAGGACAACUAGAUAUAAAUGAAGAAUAUAAACAGUUAGAAAUUAACCUGCUGGAAUUGAUAGAAUCUCUUUCAUUUUCAGAGAAUCAAAAACAGCUUAUACAGGUGAUAUUACCAUUAAGUUAUAAUUUAAAUUGUGUUGAGUUGGCUGAGUUAUUAUCUAUAGUAUUAAACAUCACAGAUAAAGAUUUAUUAAAAACACUAGUAUUAAAUAUACAAUCUAUCUCACAACAAAUAUCAUCAUUCAACUAUCAACAUCAUCAUGUUAUUCUUAUAUUAGAUAAGAGUAUACAACAUCUACCAUGGGAGAGUUUAAAUAUAUUACGUAAUGAAUGUGUUAGUCGAGUACCGUCACUAUAUACUUUAUCAACAUUAUUGACUUAUAUUAAUACUAAUAAACAUAAUAUAUUUACUACUGGUAUAGAUAUCAAUAAAACAUAUUAUAUUAUUAAUCCUGAUGAUAACCUCGCAUCUACUCAACAAUUCUUUGAGUCAUCUUAUGUCCAAAAAGAAGGUUGGAAGGGAGUUAUUGGUAAAAGACCAAUGUCUAGUCAGUAUAUAGAGGCUCUUACUCAAAAUGAUCUCUUUAUUUAUUGUGGUCAUGGAGAUGGUGUAAAGUAUUUUCAAGCUGAUGAAAUACAGAAAUUAAAUUGUCAAGCUGCAGUGUUAUUAAUGGGUUGUAGUAGUGGAUUAUUAAAACCUAAAGGACAACUUGAUGCUUGUGGUACUGUACUGAACUAUUUCUUAGCUGGAUGUCCGUGUGUUGUUGGUAAUUUAUGGAAUGUAACAGAUAAAGAGAUAGAUAGAUUUUGUAAAUGUUUAUUAGAUACAUGGUUAGAAUCUGAACCAGGAACCAGUAUAUUACAGGUUGUAUGUAAAGCAAGACAAGCCUGUCGUUUAUUAUAUUUAACUGGUUCAGCACCUAUAGUCUAUGGUUUACCAGUUUUUAUAAGAAAAUAACAAGACAUAUAAAUUAUCAAAUUGUUGUUAUAAUGUUUACUGAUGUGUAUUUCUAUUUCAUUGUCUACUUGCUCCUUUAGAUCUUAUAUUCAGACAUAUUGACAGAAAUGUUAAAUUCACUAUAUUCAUAUUUGGGAUCAUAUUACUUGUUCCUGAUUUUUGAAAUUGUGGAUAAUAUGGGUGAAUUUGAUUGAAGAGUUCUGAUCAGGUUCUGUCUGUUCCAAUUCUAGCCUCAAAUCCAACAGUAUGGAAGCAGAUGUCACAUACAUUCAAAAUUUUCCCAUCUAAUUCUGUCUACACAAAUGCUAUUUUUUUUUAAAUAUUCUGAACCCUGUUCCAAUUUGUUUGUUUUUUUUUUUUUGAAUAACUGGUUGAUUCCAUGAAUCCCGAAUGUGCAGAACUCCCCAAUCAAGCAACCCUCAUUAUUUUUAUUAUUUUGGAUAUUAUUGUAUUUGUGUACAUUGUAUUUAUAACUAUUGUGCAUGUAUUGAAAGUUAAUAAAUAUGAAAUAAAUCUUG